GGUGUCUUCCUUGACAUAGCGUCUGCCUAUGAUAAUGUACUUCUUCCUGUGCUCAGGCAGAAAAUGCGCCAGCUGAGCAUUCCAGUGAAGCUUACCCGUCUGGUUUGCAGCCUAUUCAUGGAGAGAUCCAUCUACAUAAAAACCCCUACCACUUCCCUUGACUCCCCAAAAUUUGUUUGGAAAGGCCUCCCCCAGGGAUCGGUCUUAAGCCCUCUCCUUUACAGCCUAUAUACUUACGAUCUAGAUAAAUCCGUUGACUGCUUUUGCGACAUUCUACAGUACGCUGACGACUUAGCCCUCUACUAUGCUUCUCCCUCGUUAGGGGAGAUAAAUGUCCAGCUGAACCUGGCUCUUAGGUACCUCACGGAUUGGCUGGAUAGACAUGGGUUAUCUCUUUCUCCCACUAAAUGUACAGCAGUGAUCUUUACUAGAAAAAGAAACAUCCCAGAUCUGGAUGUUGUUAUUGGAGAGCAUUCAAUCACUGUGUCAAACAAAGUUAAAUUUUUGGGUGUGAUUCUGGAUUCCAGGUUGUCGGGUAGCCAUCACAUGAACUACGUGGCUCAGAAGUGCGAGAGGGGUGUCAACGUCCUCAGGUCACUGUCAGGUGUUUGGUGGGGCGCACAUCCAUACUCUCAGAAGCUACUGUACAACGCCAUUGUUCGAAGUCACUUUGAUUAUGCCUCAUUUAUCCUGGACCCCUGCAAUAAGGCUGCAUUAGAAAAAAUCGAUAAGGUUCAGUACAAGUGUCUUCGAAUAGUGUCGGGUGCAAUGAAAUCUACCCCCACCAAUGCCCUUCAGGUUGAGUGUGUCGACCCCCCUCUCCCGCUGCGGAGACAGUACUUGUGUGAUCGGUUUUUCCUCGGGAUCUGGCAGUCAGAGUCCCAUCCUUUACUGUCCAAGCUUGAUACCCUUAAGCGGCUAUGUAAUGCUCAAGAAAACCAUGGCCUUUCCUUCCUUCUGAAAUCUUAUAUUUUUGCUACUAACCUUCCACAUCCUACAAUUAAAUUUAACACGAACCCUUUGUUUAGUGUUCCCUAUGAUGCCUUGGUUUUUCAGCCCAAUGUUGUUAUGGACUUGGGCAUUGUGAAAAACUCUCCGGGGGCAGAGAAAACAUUGUCUCAUAAACUUCAGUCAGAGUGGCCUGGUUGGCUUCCAGUCUUCACAGAUGCCUCAAAAUUUUCAGAUAAGAGCAAUGUUGGUCUAGCUGUCUGGCUUCCUAAAUACAAAAUUACCCUCAAUUUCAAACUCCCCCCUGAAUCCUCGGUCUUCACGGGCGAGGCUACCGCUAUUCUUGAGGCACUUCUCUACACUGAGUCUCACAAACUAAAUAAAACUAUUAUCCUAUCAGACUCUUCAAGUUGCUUACAUUCUAUUAUUUCAUUCCCAUUUAAAUCUAAAUCUAAAUUUCCUAUCAUUCUUCAAAUUAGACAAACUCUCUUCCGUUGCAAGACUCAGGGUAUUGAGGUGGCUAUUGCCUGGAUACCUGGCCACAGUGGCAUCAUUGGUAAUGAGUGUGCAGAUUCCUUCGCUAAGGAUGCCAUUAGCUUGGGCCUGGAUACUCAUUACCAAAAUUUUGCCCACGACCUUGCCUCGCUCGCAGGACCGAGGCUUGAUAAUUCCUGGAAAGAGUCCUGGGACGCAUCCAGGAAUAUUAAAGGUAUUAAUCUUGUAAAUAUCUCUAAAUCACCACCGUAAAGACAGUUAAAAACAUUGUGUGUAUCUCAACACUAUCGUAAUUGGCCGGAUUUGUUGUGUUAGUCACACACGACAUAUAGCCACAAACAAGAUUGAUUGAU